AUGAGCAAAAUGUGGGAAGUCGAUCCUGAGACCAGGAGUAAACUCCUUGAAAUCCAGAAGGAGAAUGGCAACAAUUCGUGCGUCGACUGCAACGCUCCGAGCCCCCAAUGGGCCUCGCCCAAGUUCGGCAUCUUCAUGUGCCUGAAUUGCUCCGGCAUCCACCGCGGCCUCGGCGUGCACAUCUCCUUCAUCCGCAGCAUAACCAUGGAUGCCUUCAAGGGAGCCGAGCUCGAGCGCAUGAAGGACGGCGGCAACAAGCCUUGGCAGGACUUCUUCAACAAGCACGAGUCCAACGAGCUCGAAGGUCGAACGUUCGACGACUGCACCAUCAACGAGAGAUACGAUAGCGAGGCGGGCGAGGAGUGGAAGGAACGGCUGACAGCCAAGGUCGAAGGCAAGGAAUACGUGCCGCAGCCCAGGGAGAAGAAGCCACCGCAGAGGAAGGCGGGUGAGGCGCCGCUCAGCGGGAGCAAGGUGGGGAGCAGGGCGGGGACUCCCCUCUCGUCACGCAACGAGCUGGAGGGCUUCGCGCCCGGCCGCACCGGCUCGCCCAGCUUGGGCACCGCAUCGCUGAACAACAAGAAGCAGCAGAACGAAGCCUACUUUGCGCGCAUGGGCGCUGAGAACGCGAACAGACCGGAUGACUUGCCGCCCAAUCAGGGGGGUAAGUUCGCCGGCUUCGGCAGCGACCCGUUCCCGCAGCAACAGUCGCAGGGCGGCGUUCCGGGCUUGGAUGAUUUCCAGAAGGACCCCAUGGGUGCCUUGACAAAGGGUUUCGGCUGGUUCAGCACCACAGUGCAGAAGACGGCGAAGACAGGAUACGAUGGCUGGGUUAAGCCCGGCAUGGAGAACUUGUCCAAGGCGGACCUUGCAGCGCAGGCCCGCAACGCCGCGAUGACGAUCGGGCAGACAGCACAGUUUGCUGGAAAGAACGCUGCCGAUUCCUUCAACCGCUUCGUUGAGGGCGAUGACCCGCACGCGGCGCGCAACGGAAAUGCGAACCCGAGGAGGGGCGGGCCGGACGAGGAGCACAAGGACUUCUGGGACACGUUCGGAGCGCCCCCCGCGGGCCCUCCGGAAGAAAAGAAGAGCUUCUGGGAUGAGUUCGCUUCGGCAGGCGAGCAGGCCACAAGCAAACCGAAGCCGACGAGCGUCGGAACAGCGGCAAUGAAGAAGGGAGGGAGCGGCAGCGCGCCGGCCGCGAAGAAGAACGACGAUGGAUGGAGUGAUUGGUAG